AUGGCAGUGGCGCUGAAUGCUGUGCAUCGUCCCGGCGAUGCUGUCUACCUUAAAGUGACUAUCAUGUGGCACCUAUUUAUAUUGUUUGCCAUGGAGCUUAUGCAUCUGGACAUGGUGGGCGCGAGCACGACGGCUAUCCCGGAACUACUCAAGCAUCAGCUUGCUGAAAGGGAGGGACGCAUCAGGCAGAGCUCUGUAAAUUUUGGACGACAACGCCGAGGGGCUGUGGCCUCAAAGGAAAAUCCUCUCGACAAUACCUUGGGAGUGUUGGGCGAUCUCCGCUGGGUAGCGCCUGACCUGAGAUUAAUCAUAUUUAUUGUGAAUAUGUGCGACAAGGGCGGCGGUGUAGCCACUUCCAAAGAGGGGGUGUGGAAUCUUCUGAGGGACGGAUCAACCAACCUGGCCGACUACUGGCAAACUUGUUCCUACGGUAGAACGCUUCUGGACUUGAACGGUACUACAGUUGUUGGUCCGAUCCUAAUGCCUUGCUCGGGGCCCAACUGGACAGUCAGCAGUUGCCGUGGAACCAACCCGUAUGGGUGGUUCUAUUGGCUGGAGGAGUAUGCUACCGAAAAGCUCAGCAUCGACCUGUCCCAGUACAAUCAUCGGGUCAUGAUUAUGCCAAGAGGUCAUCAGGGCUUCCAGAACUGGCAGCUGGGCUGGAGUUCCCCCUUCGUGCUGCUGCAGCGCGGGGACCUCAGGGCGGGUGAGACAGUGCGCCGCUGGAUUCCCGCCGCGGGCAAAGAACCUGAUCACCCCCUGCGCAUCUCCCUGCCGCCGGGUUUCAUUACCGUUGACCGUAGCGGCGUGCCCCCCAUCUGCCUCAAGCAGCUGUGGGUGUCGUACCGUACGUCAUCUAGCCAGUACGACUUGCUGUGGCGGGAGGAGGGUGUGGGGGUUGUGUAUGUGCAUAUGUGGGCGGAUUACACCUUUUCAUCCUCCGUACGACCAAUGCUGGUGGCGUCGUUGGCGGUGCCUAACGUGCCUGCGCCCAGUGACGUGCAGCGAGGCACACCACCGCCACCUGGUGCAGCGGGCACCCCCGGGCAAGGCAACCAACAGGGUUCCAGUACGGACACCAGCAGCAAGCCGGGGCUCAUCUACGAGGGGCUGCUCAACGUAGAUUAUACAGAACAAGGUGCAGAGCCCGGCACCUCAGACGUCGCAGCGAAAGGCGCCACCGCCACAGCGGCCGCCGUCCCUGCAACGGCCACCACCACCACCACCGGCACCGCAAUUGUCCCCGUCCCCAUCGCCGUUGCCGUCCCCGUCCCCAUCGCCGUCGCCGUCCCCAUCCCCAUCGCCGUCGCCGUCGCCGGCCCCAUCCCCAUCGCCGUCGCCGUCGGCAUCCCCUUCGCCGUUACCGUCCUCAUCCCCAUCGCCGUCGCUGCCGCCAUCGCCAUCGCCGCCGGCAUCGCAACCGAGUCGAUCGCCCACGAAACGACAACCGCCACCACCCCCAAGGCAGCCGCCGGCGGCGCCGGUCCCCCGGCGGCAAAGCCCUAG